AUGUCUCUACAUUCCAUCAACAUCAACAACACUGACACCAAUAAGCGUAAGCGUGAUGUUAACAUCGCGAAGGAUCAAUUGAACGACUUAUCUUCACAAAUUGUGGAGUUGUGCAAAAACAAAGAUAACUCUGUUGAGCCCCGCUCAGUCUCAGAUCAUAUACAAAGCAUGGUUAUGAAUUUCUUGAGUUCACUUCCAAAUGAUUUUGACCAAGCGGUAGAGCAUCUUGAGUUAAUUAUUUCCUCUUCUGUUCCAAAAGACUUGGUAAUGCUUUAUCUGAAUCAGAACUAUAGAAUGAUUGCUUAUACAUCCAUUCGUGAAUUUAUUAGUUCAUUUAAGAAUGAUCCCCUUAAACCAAUAUAUGCUUUUAUAGCGUUAAAAUUUUGCAAAAUUUUGCGAGAAAAUGUGAAGACUGAUGAUGGAUUGUAUCGAAUUUGUCGAAGUAGUUUAGGGGCUAUGAUAGAGUUCACAGGGAUCGCGAGGUGCAAGUAUGAGCAGAAAAAGUUGGUAUCCUUAAACAGUGUUUUUCCAUUUCUUAUGGAGAUAUCAGCUGAGUUAUCUCUUGACUUAGAAUCGACAAUGGGAACAUCUGGAUUUGAGGGGUUAUCAUUUACCCUUGUGCGUGAUUUUAGUGCAUUUUUGCUUCCAGUAUGGAAUGUCUUAUGGUCGAUGGACAACGUCACUUAUGAAGAAAAGUUUUUUGAAAAGAUUGAUUUACCCUUGUAUGAAAUGUUCUAUGAUUUGCUAGCAAAAGUGACACUCUCUUUAAGGUUGUUGGAUUCAAAAAAGGUAAAAAAAGACAUUGUUGUACCUUGGUGGUCUCUAUAUCUUGAUAUCCUGAACGACUUACAGAGUAUAUCCAAAUUGUAUAUCUAUAUGGAGGAUGAUUUUUGGCAGAACAUGAAGCAAGUAAAGGGCUCAUUGUGCUAUCUAAUAACAAACUUUGCAGAGAAAUCAGAACAUUAUGAGUGGAUUUUUGAGCACAAAGAGGUAACAAACUUUUAUAUACGGAGGCAAUUGGCAAUGAUGAUGCUUCCAGAAGUUGAAGAUAAUGUAGAAGAUAAGUACAACAUGCUCAUUGAUAGGUCCAAAUUGAUAGUAGACUCGUUCGAUUAUAUUACCAAACUCAAAUACCUGCCAGGCAGUUUCUUUGUGCAAUUCAAAGAGGAACAAGCUAUUGGGCCUGGUGUGUUGAGGGAAUGGUUCUUACUAGCAUGCCAGGAGAUUUUCAACCCAAACAACGCGCUUUUUGUUGCUUGCCCAGAUGAUAAUAGAAGUUUUUUCCCAAAUCAAGGUAACCUUUCAUUACAUUUAUUCAUUAUUGCUCAAAUUUAA